UCACUUAGCACACAAGACGCGUCGAGAACCCCAAGAAGAUCAACCGACAGUUCCUUUACAGAAGACCAUCUCGUUUCUCUGCGUUGAUCUCAUGUAACUCGAAUCUGGAAUAUCAGCGCGUCCGACUCUACCAAAUAUGACACUCAGUCCUAGAGGUCGACUCGACCAGCUUCCAGCUGAGCUGCUUCACAAAAUAGUCCGUUAUCUCGACUUUUUGUCCUUGAGAGAUCUGUCCAGCACCAACAGGACCCUGCGAGAUGUCGCUAUCCCACGUCUUUUCGAAUGCAUUUCUGUGCCUUUCUCGGCCUCUGGCCUUGACAUCCUGAAGGAGGUUGCCACUUCUCUUUUAGUGAAGGUGGUAAAGUCAUUACAAUUCAGGGUCCUUCCUCGUCUAAAAAAUGUCUGUGCCAGGUAUAAAGUGAGAACCUCACCAAUGGAAAGAAUCUACUCUCGGGAGACACACAUUUUUUACGAAGAAAAUGGAUGGCUGCCUCAGAACACUACAUAUGAGAACGUUAUUGAACGUAUGAGCACGAUCUGCGAAGAACAAGCAAAACUUAUAGGGAACGACAGUGAGUUGUCAUCAUUAGUGACCGUUCUGCAACAGUUUUCGGCUGUCGAAGAAUUGGACAUGCGCUGGGGUACCUUCCCCGCGGACACCUGUGGGCUUGGUACUGUUCUCAAACUGUGUAUCGAGAAGCAUGACUCGUGCUUCGAGCGGUUCAUGGAAGUGGCUUCUAGGACGAUUGGCCUUCGCUUGAAAGCAAAUCCAAUUACUUCCCUACAGGUUUCCGCUUGUCGAAUGCUCCCUGGGUACGACUUUUCAUGCCCAGUACGAUAUUUACAAGAGGCCUUUGCUUCAAUUAGGAGUCUUCACAUUCGGGCCCAUGAUAGACUCCUUCACCUGCUGGCGUGUCAGGUAGAUAUGUCUGGGCUGAAAUGUCUCAAGGUAACAUUUGAAGCCCUUGCACUGGAUAUACUCGGCAAAUUGUGCAAAAGGGCGGGAAAGACACUUGCCGUUUUACAUAUUCAGACCAAUUUCCUCUGCUACAACGGACGCCGUUACGGAGGAACACCACCGUCUAUUGUCUACCACGGCCUGGACCGCCAAAUAGUGAUCUUUUUACACACGCUCGGGCAAGAUAUGUCUCUGGGAGAAGUGAGUGUUCGGAUUGGAGGAUACACAGAAGAAUACAUGAGGCUGCUUGAAUCUGUUCUUCGCAGAGAAGUUUCGGUAUCUGAUUGCGAGCCGUUCAUCGAGGAUCGGUGAGGAAAGUGAAAUGAAAGGGACCUACGAUGCAGAAGAAAUAGCGCACCUGCUGAAUAGAUCCUUGCCUGGUUCCCACCUUGUUACUUUUGAAGAUGUGUAUUAUUUAUCAAAUUGAGAACAGACUCUACUUUUCUAAUGACCCUGGUAUUAUUUUAGCCUGCUGGUGUGUAGAGUAAGAAUUUUUUCGC